CCGCCCCCGCAAACCAGAAACAGCAGAUAGUGUGACGGAUAGCGCAAGAGAAAGCCAGGCAGGAGCUGCCCUGGGAAGUCGGGAGUCCAGCGGAGUCAACGCAGAUUAACGCCAUUUCACCGGUGGCGAGGGAAACUGUCCACUAAAGCUACAGAAUGGCGGUGGAUAUCUACGACUCUCAGUACCUUCUAAUCCUGGCCCCCUCCCUGGUCAUCGCCCUCAUGUUCCUCUUCUUCUGGCUCUUCAUGAAAGAAACAUCUUACGACGAGGUGCUUGCCAGGCAGAAACGGGACCUUAAGCUGCCACCAACCAGGCCAGACCCGCGCAAGAAGAAUGAAAAGAAGAAGAGCAAGAAGAAGGAGACUGUCAGUGGAGGAAGCGGCGGAGGUGGGGGAGGAGAAUCGGAAGAAGAUCUGCGGGACUUCGACGCGACCGACGGGGCCAACAGCUCCAGUCUGGAGCCAGAGGAGGAACCCUCACCAGUGGUGAUGCCAGAUCCUGCUCCACCAGCACCUGCCGCCUAUGUGCCCCUCUCAGCGUCUCCAGAGGCUCCGGCUGGUCUGCGGGAGAGAAAGAAGAAGGAGAAAAAAGCCGCCAAAGCAGCAGCCGCUGCCGCCGCAGCAGCAGCUGCUGCAGCUGCUGCAGCUUCUCUCUCCGAAGAAUCGGAAGGAAACGACUCCAAGCCAGCGAGCCGCAAGACAGAGACCCCACCGGCUGCAAGCAAACAAACACUCCCACCUUCUCCAAAACCGGAGGUCCAGGUUCAAGCUGCUCAGGCUCCUGCUCAAGCACAGACGCCCCCUCAGGUCUCUGGGAAGAAAAGAGAGAAGAAGAAACAGAAAGUGGAGCCUGUGGACGUGCAGCAGCCAGAGGUGAAAGCAGAGCAGGCCCCAGCACCGGUCAAAAAGGAAGCUCCCGCUGUGGCUGAAACCAAAGUCCUGGAUGGUGCAGCCCCGACUGCCACCAGUGGAAAAAAGAAGAACUCCGCCAAGAAGCAGAAGACUGAGCAUGUGGAUGAAACCCACAUUAUGGCAGAUUCGGCAGCUUCUUCCAACCACCAGGCAGCUCAUAAUGAUGAUGUGCAAUCCAGAGGGCCUGGCAAAAAACUGAAGAAUGAGGCCGAUAAAGAAAACACAGAGGUGAAGCUUAGGGAGCUGCUCUCUGGUCUGUCCAGCCUGGCUCUGUCAGAAGCCGAGGCCGUCAGCGUGAUGGCUCUCCUCCGAGAGAAGAGCCCCAACGCCCUGGAUGCCUGGCACAAAUCUACAGGAAGGCCUGACCCAGCUGCACAGGAGCGAGAAAAACUCCUCACGACUCUGCAGGAGGAAGCCUCCAUUGCCAAAGACAAAGUGAAACAGCUCAGUCAGGAGCUUCAGGUUGAGAAGCAAAAAAACGGGCGUGCAGAGGCUCUGAUGAGAGAGCAGCGUUCAGCCAUGGAGAAGGAGCUGGGUGGCAUGCAGGCCAAAGCACAGGGCAGCUACCAAGAGAUCCAGACAAUGCAAAUAAAGGUGAGGGAGCAGCUGGAGAGCCAGAUCACUCGUCUGCAGCAGGAGAACAGCAUCCUCAGGGACGCAGUCAGCUCAGCCACCAGCCAGAUGGAGAACAAGAAUUCAGCAGAGCUGAACAAGCUCCGUUCUGAAUAUGCCGGUCUGAUGAAAGAACUGGCUGACUCCAACGGCAAGCUGCAGCAGGACGAGCUCCAAAGGAAGUCACUGGAGGUCAGCUACAAGCAGAACGUGUCCCAGCUGGAGGCCCAGCUGCAGGAUGCCAAGCGGCGUUGGGAAGAAUUGCAGAACUUCUACCACAACCUCCACAGCCAGCUGCAGGCGGUUGAGACGGAGAUGAACAACAAGAACAAGGAGAUCCAGACCCUUCACAGCAGCCUGACCGAGGCCAUGGUCUCCAAGGAGCGUCUGGAGCAGAGGGUGAUGGAGCUGAUGGAGAUGUCCCAGCACAGCAUGCCGGACGAGUCGCUCCAAGCCCGGGUUCAGGAGCUCAAGAAUGAAAACGGCGCUCUUCAAGUCCAGAAUGAGAACCUACAGGCCCAGAUUUCAACACAGGCCGCCCAUGUCUCCCACAUUGAGGAGCUACAAAAGCUUCUGGCUGAUAAGGAGUUACAGCGGAAGAGUUUGGAAGAUUCUUUGAACGCUGAGCGGAGCAGCGGGGCUAGCAGAGAAACUAACAUGCAGGCUUUGCACAAUGACAACAUGUCGCUGAAAGCAGAGAUUCAGAAUCUGCAGGCACAGAUUUCUGAUCAGACUGCAUCCCAGCUGGCUUUGGACCAGUACCAGAAGAGUGUUCGGGAGAAGGAGGAGAACAUGAAAACUGUAGAAAUCCUGCUGGAAAAGGGCCUGAUCGAGGUGGCCAACAAAGAGGAACAACUGAAGGUUUUAAGAGACGAGAAUGAGGCACUGAGGCAAGAAAUGGAAGAGCUGAUGAGAAAGGCAGAAGAACAGAAUGCUCCAGUUAACAGUGUUUUUGUUUCACUGCUGCGCAGCAUCCAAGAAAGGGAUCUGAAGCUUAAGUUGUUGGAGGAGAGUCUGCAGGCGGCACAGGACAGCAGCUCGGCCAAAGAGAAGGCUGUUGAGGCUCUGGAGCAGCAGCUGGCUGCCCUGCAGGCAGAGCUGGAGCAGUUGAGACAAAAGGAGACGCCAGAGGAGGUGACUAGUUUGGGUACCCACCUCCAGGAGCUCCAGGCUCAGCUGGAGGCAAAGGACCAGAAAGUUCAGAUGCUUGAGACGGAGCUGGAGGCAAGGACGAGGGAACUGAGUGAGAAAGUGGAGCAGCUUCAACAACAGCAGUCCCAGACAGGAGUGCCAAGCCCAGAGCUCCUGCAAGCGUUGUCGGAGAAGGAGAGGCAGCUCGGCAGCCUUCAGGCUGAGCUGGCCGAAAUGAGGGACUUGGUGGAGCUUCACAAGAAAAAGAACAACGAGCUUCGGGAGAAAAACUGGUGCGCAAUGGAAGCUCUGUCAGCCACCGAGUCCAUGCUUCAAGGGAAACUCAGCAAAGCUGUCAAGGAGAACCAGGAAGCACUGGCACUGUCUCAGACGGAGUGUCGAGAUGUCCUGCACAGACUUCUUCCCCAUGUGCCUUUGCCCUCUGAACAGAACCAUCAGGAGUGGCUCCAAAGAUUCGAAAGGGCAGUCGCUGAAAGUUCAGCUGCACAGUCCAGCCAAGCAUCAGGGGACUCUGAGGUCCUGGCGGAGAAACUUAAGGAGGCUGAAGAAAGCCAAAGGAUUCUGCAGAAAGACUGUGAGACGUAUAAGAAGGUUUUGGCCGAAACGGAGGGCAUCCUGCAGCGCCUCCAGAGCAGCGUGGAGCAGGAAGAGUCUCGCUGGAGGGUGAAGCUGGAGGCAUCGCAGGCAGAGCUCAGGGAGAUGAGUCAGAAAGUCGCAGUUUUGGAGCAAGAGAUUGAGAGACUAACCGACGGAGCCGAGCUGGAGAAUCUGAGAAGAGAAAAGCAGCAUCUGGAGUCCGACUUGGAGAGGGCAGAGCGUGAGAGCGCCACCUAUGUGAUCGAAGUCAGAGAGCUCAAAGAUCUGUUGACUGAGCUGCAGAACAGGCUUGAUGGCUCAUAUACAGAGGCUAUCAGGCAGAACGAGGAGCUGAGUGUGCUGAAAACCCGACUCACUGACACGCUGACCAAGUUGGAGGAAGAGCAGAACGAGAGGCAAAAAGUGGCCGGCGACCUGUACAAGGCCCAGCAGUCUCUGGAGCUGAUCCAGGGUGAGCUCUCCAAACUAACCGACAAUACCGACGACCUGAUAGAGAACAGCAGCCUGUCGUCACAGGGAGAGGAGAUUGAUCGGAAGGAGAAGAUGACUGCAGGACUGAAUCAGACAGUCAGAGAAAUGCAGCAGCUGCUCCAAGCUGUCAGCCAGCAGCUAGCUAAGGGGCAGGAUGGGGAGGCUGACAAAGAUCUUCCCAAGGUAUAGGGAGAGGAGGACAGAGCACCCUGCAGCCGCCCUGACUGCGCUACAGAGACCGUGUUUGACCUUUAGUCUCGUCACUACUACACAAUACCACAUUGUAACACCCAGCCACCUCCUCCCUUUCAACCUCCGUCACUCCACCUGUACUGUAGGCGGCCUCCCGCUGACCCUGAGGUGCCGAUAGCCCGCUCCUAGAGUCACUGCUGGCCACUAUGGGAGCAGGCAGAGGUUCCUGUUCAAUUCCAAGCACUCCAGGCAUGGUACCAAAACACAGACUACUCCACUCCAGCCACAUUCCUCUUCUUUGCAGCAUCACCAGUUUCAUUCUAAACUUUAAAAUGACCUCCAACAUCAUUUAAACUGUGUUGCAGCCAUUCCUCUGUUUUUAAAACGCCUGUAUUUUUCCAAUGAAAUCCUUUUGCAGUAGUUUUAUUUGUCUCCAGGGCAGAGAUACAAAUUUCCAACUUAACAAACUUUUGAGUUUUCAGUACUUUUACUUCUUAACUUAAAAUUCUAUAUUGUUUAAAUGUACCAGUUAGGACCUGCUGAAAUACACUAUGUUGUUGAUCUGUUGAUUUGUCUCCUAACCGGAGUUUUACCGCAAACUGUACAUCAUUGUGCAUCCAUUGCUCCAUGCAUACCUUGACUCAGUACUGGGUGGGAGAAGGGAGAGUAGAAGAGGUCUCGGCAUGUCAGACGUGUCACUACGUGACUGUAACUACGGAGACGCAUGGACAAAUUGUAGUCACAUCUGUAAUGCAGCUCCAAAAAGAAGGGAGUCUGUGACCCUGGCUGUGCAGGGAGAACGCCGGGUCAACACUUUAGAGGUUUUUAAUUCUACCGCAACUAUUCUAGGAGUAAGCGUCCCAUUUCAUCUGUAAUCAACACUUGCUAUCUUGUUGCUAAGUUCAUUAACACUGAAGAUUUUGUUCUUUUUGUAACGGGUGAUGUUAAUAAAAGGGAUGCUUAAUUAAAA